AUGAAAAGAUUGGCAAUAUUAAGAAAAACUCUGUCAUUGAGAAAUUGUGGGAAAGAACCUACCUUGAAGACCAUUUUAAAUAAAAUAGGAGAUGAGAUCAUUGUAGUAAAUGAACUUCUAAUUAAAUUGGAAUUGGAAGUUCAGUAUCAAGAACAAACCAACAGUUCCCUCAAGGGACUCUUUGAAUCUCUUGAAGAAGAUUACAAAGAUGUGCAGCAUCUCAAAGGAAACAUCCCUCCCGACUUGUCUCAAGUAACAGUUACCCAGAACUUUGUUAACAGAUCAGAUCUUGACCCUGAAGAACCAGUCAAAGUUGAGGAACCUGCACCCACAAAGAAGCCUCCCAAAGAACAAAGAAGUAUUAAAGAAAAGCCAUUUAUGACUUCUGAUGAGUUUAAUGGCAUUCCUGCGUACAUGAAAUCCCGCUUAACCUAUUGUCACAUUAAUGAUGUUAUUAAAGAAAUCAACAAGGCAGUUGUUAGUAAAUAUAAGAUCCUACGUCAACCGAAGAAGUCUAUGAGUUCUGUGGCCAGAAAUCUCUAUCACAGAUUUAUUGAUGAAGAAACGAAGGAAACCAAAGGUCAUUAUUUUGUAGUGGAAGCUGACAUAAAGGAGUUCACAAGCUUUGAAAGUUGA